GGAGAAGCACGAUUUUUGCUCAUGCGUGGUGCCGCCAGUGGGUGCGUCCAAUAAUGACUGGGGGAUCCCUGCGAGUAACAUGACCAAAAAGAAGCGGGAGAAUCUGGGCGUCGCUCUAGAGAUCGAUGGGCUGGAGGAGAAGCUGUCACAGUGUCGGAAAGACCUGGAAGCUGUAAACUCCAGGCUCUGUGGGACGGAGCUGAGCCCAGAGGCCAGGAAGUCUCUGGAGAAGGAGAAAAACAGCCUGAUGAACAAAGCCUCUAACUAUGAGAAGGAGUUAAAGUUGCUUCGGCAGGAGAACCAGAAGAACAUGCUGCUCUCUGUGGCCAUCUUUAUUCUCCUGACCCUCAUCUACACCUACUGGACCAUGUGAGCCUGAGACUUCUCCAGAGUCAGCACGGGGUUCCUCCUUGGCCCCCUGGUCACAACCAAGCAGGCCCUUCAAGCCUCAAGACAACCAAGGUACAGGCGUAUUUCUCCCCGACCCCGACACUGGAUCAGGGCUGCCAGCCCAGCCCCUCUUCACUCCUGGUCCUGCUGUGGGGCCUGGGUCUCCAGAAGGACUUUGUGCUGAUUCCCCUCUCAGCCCAAGGGAGAGGCAAUAAAGAACAGCCAGGCUGCUUCUGUCUGCUGAGUAAA